AUGGCACCUAGUCUAGAGAUAAAAUUCUUGAUAGGAAGUUUGGUAUUUACUGGGAUUGUCUGUCUCUUUCUGUUGUACCAAUGUAUAUCCAACUUUACGAAAUUAAGGCUUGCAUGUCUGGUAUCAACCGUUUCAGUAUUUUUUGUUAGCGUGUGUAAUUACGGCACCGCUCAAAAUUACCCGUGGAUUCCUUCAACCACCUACUGGAUGGUAUUCGCGCUUGUGAGAGCUAUUUACACCUCAAUGUUGGUGAUAUGCAUGCUGGACAUGGGAAGAAGGUUUUACGGUGAAAUUCCCUGGAAUACCUUCCUCUUUAAAUUCACCAUAUUACAAUUGUUUGCCUUUGACUCGGUGAACAUUGCCGACGCCUUGAUGAUUCAUCUUUCAAAUGAACAAGUAGAUACUCCGUUAUUUCUCGUUCAG